AUGCUCGCCUACGGCCUCGUCCUUCUCCUCGCAUCGGUGUCCGUUUCGGCGGCACCCAAGGCAGAUGCCUGCUCGCAGAUCGCUGGCGCCGUGUUGAAGUCCGCUACCGUCUCGUAUCCUGGUUCUGCCACAUACGACGCCGAUAUUGAACAUUGGGCAACGUCCAGCGAGCAGAAUUCAACUUGCUCCGUCGAGCCUGCUUCUGCAGAGGAUGUAUCCGCUAUCCUGAAGAUCGUUGGAUCGACGAAGACUCCCUUCGCCGUCAAGGGCGGAGGUCACAUCACCAACCAGGGCUUCUCCUCCACAACUGGCGUCCAGAUUGCUAUGACCAAGUUCUCAGACAUCACCCUCAGCGACGAUAAGGCGACGGUCAAGGUCGGCGCCGGCAACGUCUGGGACAACGUCUACUUGGCCCUUAACGGGACGGGUGUCAACGCACCGGGUGCUCGUGUUCCCGGGGUCGGCAUUCCUGGCUUUACCCUCGGUGGAGGAUACACUUUCCAGACUAGCCAAUACGGCCUCGCGCUUGACAACCUUGUCUCGUUCGAUCUUGUUCUCCCCACUGGCGAGAUCAAGACCGUCACAUCCAAAGACAAGGACUUGUGGUUCGCGGUUCGCGGCACAUUCAACAAUUACGGCAUCGUCACCAGCUUCACCUUCAAGACUCACCCUCAGACGGAGGUCUACGGCGGUCUGAUCCAGAUCGACGGCCAAUACUUCGACGAGUUGACCAAGGCGAUCGCUGAUUUCUCCGUCAACAACACCGACGGCAAGGCCUCCAUCCUGCCCGCGUACCAGUACAGCAACGGGAAGGCAUACUCAACUAUCACCGUGUUCUAUGACGCGCCUGAACCUCCCGCGGAUGCAUUCUUCGGUCUGCUUGAUAUCCCCACGACGUACUCGGAUAUGGGUACACGCUCGUACUACGACCUGCUCGAGGCGCAGUCACCCAUCGCGCCCAUUGCUCCUGGUGUGACGGCCAAGUUCGCGAGUGUGAACGUGUUGCAGUACACCCCAACGCUUCUCGAGACCUUCAGGAACUUGACCACCUACUACGGCUCUUCCCUCGCCGCCAACGACUCGACCUUCCUCUGCUCCUUCUACGUCGAACCCUUCGACGAGACUCUCUACUCCCACGGCUCAGACUCGGCCUACCCUCCCGACCGCUCGCGCCCUCUCCGCCCCAGCAACGUCUUCUUCUACUUCACCGACACCACCCUCUACGACUUCUUCCACGACAAGCAGAACGAGGCUACCAACACCAUCCGCGCUGCCGCUGAUGCCGAGGGGCAGGACGUCGGCUCUGCGUUCCAGUACUCGAACUAUGGUCUCGAGGAGUUGACGCCGGAGCAGCUUUGGGGAAGCAAUGCUGCGAGGUUGGCGCAGAUCAAGAAGACGGUCGAUCCGAAGAAUGUUAUGGGUCUUGCGGGCGGGUACAAGGUAUAG